AUGCCCUUCCUACCGUUGCUGGUGCUGUUGGCCGGCAUUACAUUGCUAAUUUCCCGUCGUCGAUACAAGGCAAUCGCCGACAGAGAAAGUCCUAGAAUCAUUGUUGGAGGCCAUACAUACUCUGAGAGUGUCGGAGAUGGACAGUCUUCGACGCGCGAGGGAAAGAUUGAAUCCAUUCGUAGUGCGUGUAUCAUCGGCGCUGGACAUGUUGGAGCAUUGACGGCGAUUGUUCUCGCGUCUCAGAAUCCACAUGUCCAAUUCCAUGUCGUUGAUGACGAUCCGCGUCUGAUCACCGCGUGGAAUUCAGAUCGCUUGCCAGUCGUUGAACCUGGGCUGGAUGACCUUGUUUUUGAGGACCACGCCGUGGCAUCGGAAAUACCAAAGAAGCAAGCUGGUCACCAGCUUGAAACACAUCAAUCAGAUCUACGCCAGCCGCGAAUACGAAAACUGCGUAAUAUCACUUUCUCAACCAACAUCCACGCCGGAAUAGCAGCAUCGGAUAUCAUCUUCCUCUGUUUGGAUCCUCCCCUGGACAACUCCUCCAAUGACGAGACUCCCGGUCUCGACCUGACCAACCUGAAAUCUGCUAUCCGGGCCAUCGCUCAAGUAUCAAGCGGACAUAAGAUCAUCGUCCACCGCGGCACAGGACCAAGCGGAAUUGUCCCCCGAAUCAAGAAAAUGCUCAAAAAAACCGCAUCCCCAUCUGCCUCCUUUGAAGUUCUCUCCAACCCCGAGUUCCUAGUCCCAGGAAGCGCCAUCCGCGACCUUCUCUAUCCAGUCCGAAUUAUAAUCGGCCACAUCUUCUCCGAGGAUAUGUCGCCUGAAGCACUAACCGCCCUGAAAGGGUUGUAUUCUUGGAUCCCCAAGGACCGCAUAGUCACCAUGGACGCCUGGUCAUCAGAGUUGGGUAAGAUCGCCGCGAGCGCAAUGCUCGCGCAGCAGACAAGCAGCAUCCAGUCUCUGCGGGCGAUCUGCGAGUCGACGAAUGCAAAUAUCACGCAUAUUGAGCAGACCGUGGGGGCACUUUCUGCGACUGGAUACGGGUCUUCUGUAUCGAGCUUGCUCAGGGACGUCGGGUGUCUGGUUUACUUAGCGCAGGAGCUGGGAUUGCCGGAGGUGGCGGAGUACUGGAGGGCGGUUCUGAGGAUGGACACGUAUCAGACACGGCGCCUUGCUCAAAACAUUACCGAAAGUGUACCUGGAGGAACGGAGCGGAGGGAUGUCGCCAUCCUUGGAUUCGCGAGCAAGUGGAAUACGAUUGAGAUCGGGAAUACGAGCGCGACGCGGCUGGUGCAGGAACUGACAAGUGCUGGUGUCAGGGUGGACAUCUACGAUCCGCAUGUGCCAAAAGAACAGAUUGAGAGAGCGCUAGGUCUUGUGAGUGGUCAUCUGGAUGCUGUCACGGUCGUAGAGGACCUGCACGCGGCGUGUUCCGGUUGCGGUGCGGUCGUCCUGCACACCGAUUGGGACGAGUUCAAAGAGGAUCGUCUAGACUGGGAGAAAAUCGCGGGGGAGAUGGAGUCUCCAAAAGUGUUGUGUGACCCUCAUGGGAUGCUUGAUUGGCAGAGGAUGGAGAAGCUGGGGUUCAAACUACUCCGAGUAGGAGUCAAUUGUGAUGACAAACUUCAAGCAUGA